AUGAUUAAGGUCAUAUACACGACGCGAGACUCAUGGGCCAAGAGCGACAUGUACGCCGUCAACGACGUUGUAUUCGAUGGAGAGCGACUAGCAAACGUCUUUUCACUCAGAGAUCAAGCCGUACACGCCCAGCAGGCGAAGCCAAUUAGAGGCCUCUGGGCCUUGGGCAAGCUGUUGGAAAUGGAGGCGUGCGUAGAUCAAGUCAUUCAGAUGUUUGUUGAUAAACUGGGUCACGACUUUGCAGACACCGAACCCGGCAAACGCUACUUCGCUUGGGAUGCUGCAGCAAAUGUCACUUUCGGCCACCCGCUCGGAUUCAUUCAGCAAGGGAGGGAUGUCCGGCGACUGAUCAAGGAGUCGCGAGACACGACCACGUAUUUCGCCGUCGUUUCUCAAAUCCCAUGGCUUGACAGUUGGCUGGGAAAGAAUCCCAUCGUCCCUCUCGGGUCCCGGGGCAUCUUGUGGAGCUUUUCGACUGCAGCAGAGCUUUACGCCGAAUACGACUCUGCGGCCAGCGGCAACGCCAAGGCCGGCGACGAUUGCCAUGGAAACUACUUCAUCGACAAAUACCACAAGUUGAAAGACACCCACCCUGACUGCGUGGAUGACAAGCAAGUCAUGCACUACCUGGUCCUGAACGUGGCUGCUGGAGGUGACCCAGUCGCCGGUGCACUGCGCGCGAUUGUGUAUCACUUGGCCAAGUCCUCACCGGCGUACCGAAAACUUGUCGCUGAGCUAGACGCAGCUCAGUUCUCCCUUCCAGCCCAGUGGAAGGACGUCAGCAAGCUUCUGUACCUCGACGCAGUUAUAUACGAAGCAGCUCGAAUGGCACCCAGCAUCGGCUCAAUGCUCGAGAGAAUUGUGCCUGCAAAAGGCCUCGAGCUCCCCGAUGGCCGCUACAUACCAGCAGGCACCAAAGUUGGGAUAAACCCUUGCGUCAUCUCACGCGACACACACGUCUUUGGCGACGAUGUUGACUCUUUCAAGCCCGAGCGGUGGCUGCAGCGACCCGACGAAGACGACCAGCAGUACGCUAUGCGAUACCAGCGCAUGCGAGAAACUGCCGACUUCAUGUUCGGAACAGGCAGCCGCGUCUGCAUGGGCAAGGCACUGGCCAAAAUGGAGAUGUACAAAUUGACGGCGACUCUGUACAGAAUGUUUGAUGCAAGUGUCUCCAAUCGGCAUUGGAUCGCAAUUAAUUCCGCGACUGACUCGCUGUGGCCAAAACAGAUAAGGCUCCCUGAUGAGCGACACGAGUGGACGUACCGGAACUCGUGGUUUAUGUUCCACGAGAACAUCCCCAUGGUGAUCACACGGCGGACAUGA